AUGUCAACUCAAUCGCCCAACCCUCCGACGCCAAAGGGCCCGCGAAACAAUCGACGCAACUCCAAGAGGAAUAUGACACCCUCUACUCAGAAAGUCGCUAUCCUGGCAACCCCUCCCUCGUCACCGCCAAGGAACUCCAGUCCUGGCGGGACCGCCACCGAUUCCUCUAUCAAUGUCAACGCCUCCAAAAAGAAGAACAGUCGGUCUGGCAAGAAGCCGCGCGACACAUCCAAAGCAUCCCCAGCACCUAAUGGACACCGUCAUACUACUUCUCAACCUAAUAAUACCAUCGCCACUCCUCAAGUGAAGGACAGCCCCCAUUACGCCGGCCCGACUUUCCAUGCAUCUCCGGCACCGUCAGCACUGCCUAUUCCCAGUUUCUUCUCCAAGUCUCUACCAGAGUCCGAUCUUGCACCGACCAUAGAAUCCGACGGUGAUCACCUCGAUGCUGAGCCGGAUCUGGAGAACACCCCCUCAAAACCGAAGUCGCGCCCACAAUUCCAAGAGGAAGUGCGCCAAUCAACACCUUUGGAUUUUCUCUUCAAAGCUGCAGUCGAGGCCAGAAACCCCCAGCAGCAGCAGCAGCAGCGAAGUCCCGAAGCAAGCAGUCGGGUCCGGUCGCCACAAACUGAUUCUAAGACCCUUCAGCACCGUAGACCCAAUGGCACUGCCGGUGGGCUCUUCCGGAUGGAGAUGGAAAGCCCGGAGUUCCAGCAUUCACAUAUUGGGCCUUCCUUUGCGACCCCUUACAAAGACCGCAUGAACGCGUUACGGUCGGCCAGCUCACCUUCUCCUCCGGUGUGUGAUUUCGAUGAGCAGGAGAAGAGAGCUAAAACCGAAGCUUUGAAAACUUUGUUGCUCAAUCCUCGUCCCCAGAGGCCUUCGUCCGCAUCUAUCACGGCUCAAGAUCACUUCAACCCAGUGAUGGAGCGCCCUGCUUCAAAUCCCGGCUUACCUCACUUUGCAACGCCAGUAAGAACGACUUCGGGACCGCCCGCUUCUAUCUCGCAUGGCAUGUCGUAUGAUCAGAAACAAACAUUCGUCGGAAAUGGCCGGCACUAUUCCUCAUCCUAUACACACUCGAACGCUGCUCAACAAUAUCACUUGCAAAACUCUCCCUUGAGGAAAGAAGUCCUUACUUCGAGAGUUGAAAACAUGCCGAGCGUUCAUGGCCAAGCUUUCUACCCUCCAGCCGCGUACGAUCAGCCCAAAUCUCCGCCUAAGUAUGCACAAUAUCCGACGUAUUAUUCUCCUCCGCAGCACCAAUCUCCUGUCUCGCGGAGCGUGUCAGUGAGCAACAACGCGCAGCCUUAUGACACGAAGAAGAUUGAAGAUGAUCUACGAAGGAUCUUGAAACUCGAUGUAAACCCUACCAUGCCAGCCAACGGCAUGCAAAGCUCCUUCGCCUGA